CAUUCUUUAUUUCCCUUAUCUCACAAUAAAUCACACUACAUAAUUAUGACCUCUUCUUGUAGUAACAAACUACGGUUUAAACUGUCUACAAAUAUUUAUUUACCUGUAUCUGGAGUUCUGCACAGUAAGUAAAUAUUUGCAACUAAAAUCAUCAUAGAAAUCCUGUGUGUACCUGGGAUUCUUCAAUGAAGAACACAGCAGUUCAUAGAAGCGAACACUAGGGGGAGCUCUAAUGUUCCAGCUGCUGGGAUUAGUUGUUCUGCUUUUUACUGGCAAGCAGAAGGAGGCAGCAGCAGCACAGGGGGUUAACGUUAACCCUUUCCUGCACACACGCUCCACCCGGAGCUAUUUGCAUCACUGGGAGGUUCUAUGGCUUCCGAGAGACACCUACAGGGGCAAUCUGCUGCUUCAGUACAUCUUUUGCAAAGCACAGGGAGAACACAUCUUGGAUUCCUAGGAUUCUAGACUGAACUCUGCUUUAUGAUAGCACAUGAUGCAGGAGAAGGGCAUGUGGAAUUAAUAGUUAUAUAACAUUACAACCAUUGGCUGCAAGCACCGCAGGACGCUUCACAGUGAGGGAAUCCCCAAGAAGACAGUGCACACAGGGACUGACUGGUGAAGAAGUAGCAGGUGCAUCUGUCGGAGAAGGACUCGCAUCCUUUGUGCACGCUUUGAUAGUGUAACACGUUUGCACUUUUUCUUGCACUUUGGGUGAUUCGAGAGCACUUUCCUCGGCUCUUAAAAAAAAAUAAAAAAAUAAUCAGGACCGCAGACCAUUCCACACAACAUGCUUCUGCAAACUUGAAGACCACCUUCUUGAGAUUCCAAUUUGGCAAAAGCCAAAAAAAAAAAAAGCUGACCUUUGCAGAGAUGUCAGAGCCAGAGCUGGACUUCUCCAAAGUGGAACGUUUCUUGGACAGCCAUCCAGAUCUUUUUGAGGAUUAUCUCAUCAGGAAAGGUAAGCACCAGAUGGUGGAGAAGUGGCUGAAGAGGAACCAGAUGUCCAAAAUCCCUUCUAACUCUGGUGCUGAAGAAAAAAGUAAAGAGUGUUGGGGGAACCGAGGAGAUGGCUUGCAGAGGAAAGCCUCUCAGAAGGAGCUUAGGAAAAGUUUUGCACGAUCUAAGGCCAUCAAUGUCAACAGGACCUAUGAUGAACAUUGCAACUCCAGAGCCCAGGAACCCUUGACCAGCAUGAGGAGAAGAGCCUUGCUCAGGAAGGCCAGCUCCUUACCCCCAACCACUGCUCACAUCCUCAGUGCACUGCUGGAAUCCAGGGUCAGCAUCCCCCAAUACCCAUCCACUGCCAUUGACUAUAAGUACUACCUUAAGGAGCACAAUGAAAGGGAGUUCUUCCUGGAAUUGGUCAAGGACAUUUCCAACGAGUUGAACCUCACCAGUCUUUGCUACAAGAUCUUGAUCUUUGUCUGCAUCAUGGUGGAUGCCGACAGAUGUUCCCUCUUCUUGGUUGAAGGUUCGGCCAACAAAAAGAGUUUGGUGUCCAAAUUCUUUGACGUCCAUGCGGGUACCACUCUAUUGCCUUCCUGCAGCAUGGAUAACUCCAAUGAGGUACAGGUGCCCUGGGGAAAAGGGAUCAUAGGUUAUGUCGCAGAGCAUGGAGAAACAGUCAAUAUCCAAGAUGCUUACCAGGACAGAAGAUUCAGUGAUGAAAUAGACAAGCUAACUGGAUAUAAGACAAAGUCUUUGCUGUGUAUGCCAAUACAGAAUAGUGAUGGGGAAAUUAUCGGUGUCGCUCAAGGGAUAAACAAGACCCCUGGAGGAGCCCCAUUUACUGAGGAUGACGAAAAAGUAAUGCAGAUGUACCUUCCAUUUUGUGGCAUUGCCAUUUCUAAUGCACAACUAUUUGCUGCCUCCAGAAAAGAGUAUGACAGGAGCAGGGCAUUGCUGGAGGUGGUGAAUGACCUGUUUGAAGAACAAACAGACCUGGAGAAAGUUGUCAAGAAGAUUAUGCAUCGGGCUCAGACAUUGCUGAAGUGUGAACGCUGCUCUGUGCUUCUUCUAGAGGACAUUGAGUCACCAGUGGUGAAAUUUACCAAAUCCUUUGAGCUGCUUUCUCCUAAAUGUAGUGCUGAUGCAGAAAGCAGUUUUAAAGACAGCUUGGAGAAAUCUUCAUAUUCUGACUGGUUAAUAAAUAACAGUAUUGCUGAAUUAGUUGCUUCCACGGGUCUUCCAGUUAACAUUAGCGAUGCCUACCAAGACCCCCGCUUUGAUGCAGAGGCUGACCAGUUCUCCGGGUUUCACAUCAGAUCUGUGCUGUGUGUGCCAAUAUGGAACAGUAACCAUCAGAUAAUUGGUGUAGCACAAGUACUGAACAGAUUGGAUGGAAAGCCCUUUGAUGAUGCCGAUCAAAGACUAUUUGAGGCUUUUGUAAUAUUUUGUGGCCUUGGAAUCAACAACACAAUAAUGUAUGAUCAAGUGAAGAAGUCAUGGGCAAAGCAAUCGGUGGCUCUUGAUGUCCUUUCUUAUCAUGCAACAUGUUCAAAAGCAGAAGUUGAUAAAUUUAAGGCAGCCAACAUCCCCUUGGUGUCAGAACUUUCUAUCGAUGACAUCCAUUUUGAUGACUUCUCCUUGGACGUGGAUGAGAUGAUUACGGCAGCGCUGAGAAUGUUUAUGGAACUGGGAAUGGUUCAGAAGUUUAAGAUUGAUUAUGAGACCUUGUGCAGGUGGCUUCUGACAGUAAGGAAGAAUUAUCGAAUGGUUCUCUAUCACAAUUGGCGGCAUGCCUUCAAUGUGUGCCAGCUGAUGUUUGCCAUGUUAACUACAGCAGGGUUCCAGGAAAUUCUGACCGACACGGAGAUAUUGGCUGUGCUGGUGGGGUGUCUAUGUCAUGAUCUUGACCACAGAGGAACCAAUAAUGCCUUCCAGGCCAAGAGCGGCUCGGCUCUGUCACAGCUCUAUGGAACGUCAGCCACGUUGGAGCACCAUCAUUUUAACCACGCUGUUAUGAUUCUUCAGAGUGAGGGACACAACAUAUUUGCCAACUUGUCCUCCCAGCAGUACAGCGACCUCAUGCAGCUUCUGAAGCAGUCUAUUCUCGCCACGGACAUCACGCUUCAUUUUGAGAGACGAAAUGAGUUUUUUGAACUGGUCAGUAAAGGAGAAUACAACUGGAAUGUUAAAGACCACAGAACCAUAUUCAGAUCAAUGCUGAUGACAGCAUGUGACCUUGGAGCCGCAACCAAACCAUGGGAGAUCUCAAGACAGGUGGCCGAACUAGUGACCAGUGAAUUCUUCGAGCAAGGAGACCGAGAACGAUCCGAGCUCAAACUGACUCCUUCAGCCAUUUUUGACCGUAACAGAAAAGAUGAGCUUCCUAGAUUGCAAUUGGAAUGGAUUGACAAUAUAUGUUUGCCUUUGUAUGAGACUCUUGUGAAAAUAAAUGGAAAACUAAAGCCUAUGCUGGAUUCUGUGAUCACAAAUCGGUCCAAGUGGGAAGAACUGCACCAAAACAGACUGGUGUCACAGGGGGACACUUCAUCCACCACCUCAUUCCCAACUCCAGCGUCUUCACCUCAGCCAGCCAUGGAGUGUCUCCUGAAGACUUAAGCCCACAAGAAAGCUGCUGCUACACCUGAGAGUUGCAUUAAAAGGCUGUCAUAAGCUUAGCUGUUUACUUAAGUUACCGCAGCCAUGCUUUUAUAGAUGGAGAGAUAGUGGUCAUGGCUUGGCUUUUGCUUGGAAGCUCGGUGGAUUGAAGCUAAAGACGUAAGGAACUGUGGUAACAGUGAAGAAAUAUACUAAGGCGCCACAUGGAAAUUUCGCUGUCUGAGACAAUAAACGGCACUCAUCUGAGCUUUGCAAAAUAUUAGCUGUUGCUGUAUUGUGGAUGGGACACUGGCAGACUUCAACCUACUAAGCUUAACCCAUGCAGCACAGUGACUCCAAUGCACAAUAUAAUCAUCCAUCACUAAGCUAAAGCAGACAAUUUUUAUUUAGUGUAUGCAUCUCCUAUGUACGUACACAGAAGGAAGUCGUGCCUGCCUGGUGUGUUUUUUUGUUUUACAGUACUUUAUACUUGCAUUAUUUUAGAACCAUGCUUCUCGUAGGUUCAUGUUACUUUCUUUUCACUUUCUUUACUUUCUUUUUGGAUCCACCUCAAAAAAUGAAGGGGAAACUCCAAUGGCAGCUUAUUUCCAGAUUGCCCAAAGACUAAACAAACUAUGCAGAUAAAUUCUAUGAUUUCAAACAAAUUUAGCUAUUUUCUUGUUAUAUUUGACAAAUUUAGGUUAUCUAUGUGCUUACAUAAUGUUUAGCUAUACAGUAGAAUGAUAUCACAAUUUCAACUCAUGUACCAUACCAUUUAAAUGUUGUAUAUUUUUGAGUCUACUAAUCUAUGAGACUACAUUGAGAUGCGACUGUUACUUGUCAGCUAUAUAUAUGAUAAUGGGUCAGAGUAGCUUCAGACUAAACUAUGUCUACCUCCUUUUCAUUGUCGGCAAUGCUUUUUAUCUUUAGUUUAAAAUCAGUGUUGCCCUGUCAAUAUUAGGUCAAGUGUCACACCGAUGUACAACUGUAGUUCACUGAACCUAAGGUUUCAUAGGUCAAAGUGGUCAAACACAUUAAGACCUACAGUAGGUAACCACAGUCAUCCUUCAUUACCAAUACAUUGAUCAUUUCAAUAGCCAUAUAGCUGUCUCUGUUACAAAUUGGCAAUUCAUCUAAUUCUAUUCAAUGAUAAAGCACAGAUGCAUCUUCUCGUAAAAAAAUGACCCUACAAUGUAUCACAAAAUAUAGAAUUCUAUCAUAGCCAUAGCUGAAGCUGAAACUAGCCCUUAACAAAACUAAAUCACCAAAGAAAUCUUUGUAGGAACAGAGGUUAUCAUAGAAAAGUUCAUUGUAUUUAGAUAUAUUUUGGAUAAAUUAAGCCUUUAUAUUUAUGGGAGAACGGGUUCAAAUUGCAAGUGGCCUUGUUGGGUCAGGUUAUUUUUGAAGGUAAACCACUAUAUCCAAUCUAUAUAGUUUGAAUGGGGUGUUGCCCUUUCUGAUCCUAUUUUCUUAUUUCAUUAAAACCUUUUUAGGAGGUUUUACAUUAGAAACAUUGUAUAUAGUAAUUUUUGAAACUUCAGCUCUGAUGGACACGACAAGUAAUCAUUGGCAUAACGAAAUUAAAAGUUUAAGACUUCAUACUCACUUUCCUCAAAGUGUAGCCAUGGAUGCAUAAAAAUGUGCAGUUUAUUGAUAACUUGUACUUACUUGGUGGUUACUGGCACUAGGGAAUCAAGAGCCAUCUUUUUAGGCUUUCCCCUCGAUGUGAGAACCUGACCGUAUUGUCAUUAAACAUCAUGCAAUAUUUCUACUCCUCCUGUCUACACUGUUUGAUAAAGCACAACAACCAUGUGGUUUGACAGAGCCCAAGGAAGAAUUAUUUCAAGCCAGAUCAAAUUUGUUAUGAUCAUCUCAAUUUUAAAAAGGAACCUGUCAUCACUUUUAUGGUGCCUGAACCAUAAGUUACGGGCGGUUCCCAGUGGAUUCUGCCUACCCCACCAGCAUUGAUUGCAAGAUCAAGCAGAAGCUACCAGGGACCGCCCCAAUGACUUUUGGUUCAAGUAUCAUGAGAGUGAUGAUAGGUUCCCUUUACAAAAUCCCAUGAGCUUGUAAUAAUGCAUAGAGAAUGGCGUUAUUCUAGGUGCAGGCUCAUCACAGAUGUUGGUAGCUAGGAUUACUAGGAUUUUCUACUAAUGACUGAUCCCACCUUUGUGACCGCCGUUGAUUGCUCAAAUGAAACAUUAGGCCACUGUGUCCUCCUAAGGGCUUCCCAUAGCUUUCUCCAGGUGUCUUUAUGGAUGGUUAAUUAAAUAAUCACCUUCUAUGUUUUAACAAUCAGUAGGUUUCAUGGUGGUUAAACAUUGGUGGCAUAUUCUUGCGAUAUGCCUCCAGAGUCUAUGAUGGGCCAAUCCCAAAUGUCCUUUACAUGUAGUAAUUUACUACACAGCCAGUGUCAUAAUGUUAACAGUUAUAGAUCAACUCAUUCAGUGUGAUCCCUUUAUCAUUCGAGUUAUAACAAUAAGGUAUACAUUGAUUAUGGGACAAUAUUUAGGAUCCACUCUACUAGGGAUAGUUAGGGGUGAUAUAAUAGACAUAUACUUUGCACCUAAAGUAAUAUUAUCUAGAAUGCUUUUUUUUUUCUCUUUUAGUCUGUUGAGAUACACUGGAUGCAUCACAUUUCUUGAUAUAGCAUGGUUCUCAUGUCUUGUUUUUUUAUACUAUGUAAAUAUGUUUCUACACAAAACAUAUAUAUUAGCAUUAUGUAUUUUAUGAAUGUGUAUCUGCACUGUUGUCAUCCGCCAUAUUGUUACAAUCCAUAGGUUAUCACAAGAAACAAGCACUAGUUAAAGUGCCACUGUCUCUAACUGGCCAGUGCCACAUCUUGUUUAUUUAUAUUGUUGGGUGAAAUUCUCCUUAUUUGUUACUGUUGUGCAUAGUAUAUUGUAUAAACUACAAUGUAUUUAAAGUCCACGAGAAGUGUAUGACAGUCAUUUUUGUUUCAAGGUCUGACAUCCGGUGUGUGCAUAGUUUUUUCACUUUAUGUAUAGGCUCAUCUGCCUUCCCCAGUAAAGUGAUCUUUUGAUCAUUCACUGAGAUGUUGACAGCUAGGAAAAAAACUAGUCCAUGACAUACAGCAGAAGACAAAGAUAAGGUUGUCAAGCUUACAGUUCAGCUCAGGUACAAAUUUGUGUGUGUGAAAAGGAAUCUUACGUCUGCCAUUUUUUAACACUAGGAACACUAGAAAUAUAAUAUAUUCCUAUUUGCUAUCUGCACUAUUUGUAUAGACAUUCAUUAGAUAGUUCUUAACAAAGCGAUCACAAGAGAUUUUCGACUGCAGCCAGCAGUGCCUACUAGCUUAGAAAUUGAGUUUAUAGUGUUAUUACGUGUCACAUUGCAUUUAACAUUUAAAUUUUUCAAAAUUUGGUGAGGUCCUCAAAGAUGUUGGUGUACAUGUGAUGGCAGCCACUUUGUUAAGCUAGACAUAAAAGUAUUUUGUGUCCCUCAGAGUUGUCUUUAAUAGAGCAAGCUUUACGAGGGGACAAUUCAAGCUAACGGACCAUGCAUGACCUUAGAGAAGGCUAUAAGUUAUUUGUUUAGCUAUAAAAUACCAAUUAUAGAAUCAUUGAAUGCUUCCUUAUAGAACUAUAACGUUAGGUUGAAAAGGAUCCCAGACAAAAAUGCUACAUUGCUAGGCGGCUUUAUUUUUGGUUACUCCUCUAUAUGCUCUCUUUUGUUGGCAUGUGACCAACUCUGUGCAUAGACUAUAGAAGAAGCAGCUCUUCUGCCUUGUUCCCAGCAAAAAGUCUAAGCCUAAUCGCUUUCAUGUAACCAAACGCUUGUCUAUUGAGCCAAUAAGACUUCCUUUAGUCAUAACCUGAGACAGAACAUUGCUGUGACCUGUGAGUGGCCCAUCACUGCCGAGACCAGUUCAUCUCCAAAGGUGGGAAAAGGAGCACUCAGCAUGGAGGGCCUUGCCACGUUCUGGAGAUCACGGGGGGUCCCACAGGCCGGACCCCACUCUAUAAACAAUUAUCUCCUAUCCUGUGGAAAGGGGAUUUUAUUAUUCAUAACUGGAAUACCCCUUUAAAUAAGCAUGUUUAAUAUAUAUUUGUAUAUACAGCACAAAGUUCAAAAUCACAAUGCCAACCAGGCCACAGAUCGUAAGCAUUAGAUGAGAAAUAAAAUCUAAGUCUGCUUUACAAUCCGUGGCCUGGUUGGUGCUUUGAUCUUGGACUUUCUGCUGUACUUUGGACUCUGGGUUAGCUGCCUGGAUGAUCACAUUCACAGAGGUUGAUCUCUGGUGCUGUCUUUCACCUUUAGUUUUAUAUAUAUACACACACACAACUGUAUCCUUUAAUAUAUGAAUGAACAGAGCAUUGGCCGAACAUGUGGGAAACAAUUGACCUUAGUGGUUGGACACAGACCCCUAUCAAUCAGCUACAGCUAGUUAUCCCUUAUCCUGUGGAUAGUAUAUAACUUUAGAUCCUAAAAUAACCUCUUUAAUAGGGAACAGUAAUGAUGGAUUUGACAUUCCUGAGGCCUGAUACAAUUUGUUAAUAUCCUGAAAAGAUGAUAAGUAAAAUGUAGUUGGGUGGACUAUAUCUCCUCCUAUCAUGUACCCUCCCACACGAGGCAUCGUUCUAAAGAAUAGUUGGUUAGCACACAAACUGGCUUCCUCCACUGUGCAUUCACACUUGUAAUUCUUAUCAUUUCAAUUAUAGUAUAAAUUUAUGUCAUCAUCUUGUGUAGAAGUAGCAACCAGAACAGGAUAAGUGAGAACGUCAUUGCAGUGGGCUACAAUAUGUUUUGUUAUGGGUACUCAAUGUUCACAGGUCAGUACUUAGUGUUGCACUCUGAAAUGUGACAGAACUCGUUAUGUAAAUACGGCUUGAGUUUUAAGUUUUUUAUGUUUUCACAGUUUUUUUUGAAGGUUUAUUUGGUUCAUUAAGACCAAUCAAGUCUGAGUUUGAAUGUACGUUCUAUUCUGCAUGUUGGACAUUGCAAGUUCUAUUUCUAUAGUUAUAUUAUUGUAGACCUUUAUUGAUUAUACGUGUGUGUAUUCCUAUUCUGCACACACACAUAAAAUCAUAUCUCAUGGCAAUCUAACAUGCACCCUCUUUUCCCAACAUAACCUGACUUGUGGUCACUGUAUAUCACAAUUUCUGGCUAUUAUUGUGCCACUAAGUUUGUAUCUUUUAUUUCUUUCUUUUUUUUAGAUUCUACUCCACCAUUUAUGUUAUUAUUGUACGUUGUUAAAUCCAGUCUUGUUUUUAAACAGCAUGUUUUGAAGAUGACAUUUAUGGCUCUGUUUUUAUUUGUUCUUUUUCUCAUAGAAAUAAAAAAAAUUACUGUAUUUUGUU